AUGUUCGAGGACUUCAAUCAGGGCAAAGCGCAGCAACGCUACAACGAGGUUUGUAGACAUGAGGAGGUCCUUCAGGUGCUAGAGCAACCAGCACCGCUGGGCUAUGAGCGCAUGGUGGUUGGAAUCUACCAGAUGCCAUCCCCCAUGAAGGACCGGGAGUUCCUUUGGAGGGAGUGGGCAGCUUUGCUUCCAACAGAGGAUGGUGGCCAGUUGUACGUCUCCGUGGCAAUGACACCCAGCCCAGAGGAAGAAGCGGCGAUUCUGCCGCCCAAUGACAAGUUUGUGCGUGGGCACCUGCAUCUUGCUGCCACCUUAGCGCGGCAGGAGCCCGGCUCGGCCGAGGUCAGCGCUGCCAGUGUCAUCAUGGGCGACGUUCGUGGCAGUAUGCCCAAAGCGGUGCAGAACAUGGUGGCUGGCAAUGCCUCAAGCUAUCUCAUCAACUUUCGGGAUGCACACUCACGCUGA